CAUGACUUAAUGUCGUUGGUGCAUUCGUGGCGCCAGGAGUUUAACUCAACAUAUUGCGCACGUGAUAAAUUAAAAAUAUUAAAAUUUUAAUUAUCAUUUUUACUAGUAAUUCAAAAAUAUAAUUCAAUGUGACUCUAUAUUUUUCUUAUAAAUUAAAUAAUAUUAUUAAAUAUUAAAAAAUUUUGAAAAAUUAAAAUUGACAGUGAUCUCGAGUUAUUAGAUUUAGAUAUAUUGGAUUGAAUAUAAAUUGAAAAAAAAAAAAAAAUUUACAAAUAAUUGUUGAUAGAAAAAAAGAGAGAGAUAGUAAAAAAAAAAAAAAAAAAAAAAGUUAAGGAAUCCCGGGUAAAGCGAGGAGAGACAAUUUGAGAUCAGGCCAAGGGGUCAGGACGUCAGGAGGGUUGAGAGAAAAAAAAAUAUAUCUACUAUCUUUCUCUCUUGUUUAAUUCGAUACGCGAUUAAUGUGGGGUGGGGUGUAUUGCUUAUGGAGGGAGGACAAGUUUAUAUACAAGCUACUGGUCACAGUGAUUGAUUGUCGCGUGGUAUAAAGUGUGUGAGACAAAAAAAAAUAAAUAAAUAAAAUAAAAAAAAUAAAGAUAUAUAUAUAUAUAAAGAACGAAAGAGUUGAAUUUAUAAUCUUUCAAGUUUUUAUACAUAUAUAUAAAAUUUGUCGGCGGUUUGCGGGGGGUUGCGCGCAUGGUCCGUCUGUAUAUUAUUGCGGAUGGGGUAUUCGGUGUUUGGAUGGUGAUUAGAAUAGUCGUGGCAUUGCGUUCAAAGAGUCUGGUGAUAAACGCUGCUAUGUCUGGUUUAAUAUAUACAUUACUCGGUCUUGCAGCAAGCUCGAGUCUUCAUUGUGCUGUUAGACGUGAAAUAAGUCCAUGUACAUGUAGACAAGAAGAAUUUUCAAGUCCAGUUAUUAUUAAUCCUGUAACAGUAACACCAUCAAGUGAUCCUGUUAAUAUUAGUGGUAUCAGUGGUAUUGUUACAAAUUCUAAUACUGAAAUACCUGGUGUUGGUGGUGGUGGAGGUGGUGGAGGAGGUGGAGGUGGUAGUAGUAGUAGUAAUAGUAAUAGUGGUAGUAAUAAUAGUGGUAGUAAUUUUAGUAAUAAUAAUAGUGGUAGUUCAAGUGGUAGUGAUGGUGUUGUUAACAAUUAUAAUCAACAUGGUCAUGGUGAAAGAAUUGAAGUUGUUUGUGAAAGAAUGGAAUCAUUUGGACAAGUUGCUGAUGCACUCAGGGGUAAAUUUACUGCUGAACAACAGAUAACCCUUAGAGUAUCACAUUCACAACUAAGGGAUAUAUCAAGACAUGAUUUUAAAGAUUUAAGAAUGUCCAUUACGAGACUUGAACUUAAUCAUGAUCAGCUUGGUAAUGUUGAUGGUGAAGUAUUUGCCGGUUUGGGUCGUACUCAAUACUUGAGUCUUGCUGAUAAUGAAGUACCAUCAAUACCACGACAUAUAUUAUCACAUUUAUCAUUAUUACGAACACUUGAUUUAAGCAGAAAUAGAAUUGGUCGUAUUGAUUCUGAUGAUUUUAAGUAUAAUCCAACAUUACAGCAUUUAUUAAUGGCUGGUAAUUUGAUAUCAGAAAUGAUACCUGGUUCACUUCCUCCACUUGUUAAACAUUUACAUGUUGGCAGAAAUAAUUUAAAUUCAUUAAAUCGUACACUACGUGAUUUAAAUCAACUUGAAUGGUUAUUUAUCAACUCAAAUGAAUUAACAUCAUUGGAUGGUGAACUACCAGCAUCUGGACAUAAUUUAAAAAUGCUAUAUGCUGCUGACAAUGAAUUGACUCAUUUACCAGUUGAAUUUCGUCAAUUACAUAGAUUAGAAACUUUAUUUCUUCAACAUAAUAAAAUUCAUAGUCUUGAUGGUACACUACAAAAAGCUAAAAGACUUAAAUUUCUUGAAUUAUCAUAUAAUAAACUUCAAGAAUUAACUGAAGAAGAUUUUAUUGAUGCAGAAAUGCUUGAAGAUCUUGAGUUAGGUCAUAAUUCACUUAAAUCAUUAGGCGGUGGUACAAGUGCUGGUGGUGAUGGUAAUGGUAGUAAUAGUGCCUUGUGGCCAUUAAGAUCACUCAAGUGUCUUAAUUUGACACAUAAUGAACUCAGUGAAUUUUCAUUUGCCUCAUUACGUGGACUAAAAGAACUACGUUUACUUGAUCUUUCAAGUAAUCAAAUUGCCAGAUUAUUUCGUGGACCAAUUGAGAAUCUUGUGGAAAUUGAAGGUGAAGAAACACCUGGUGCAAGUAUUCAAGAUAUGAGAUUACAACACAAUGAACUUAGAACACUUGAAGGAUCAUUAUUUGUUGGCAUGCGUGAAUUACAAAGACUUAAUUUAAGUUAUAAUGCACUUGGUCCAACAAUUGGCCCUCAAGAUUUACGAGGUCUAGAGGGUCUUCGGGUUCUUGAUUUAUCUCAUAAUAAGCUAACAACACUUGAAGAUACUUCAGAGACAGGAUUACCAGCACUUGAAGAAUUAAAUGCUUCACAUAAUCGACUAGUGACACUUUCAGAAAGAGAUUUUCGUGGUUUUCCAGUUCUUUGUUGGGCUGAUGUCAGUACAAAUGAGAUUAGAUCAUUAACACCAGAAUUAGUUGCUAAUACUCAUUGUACAAUUCACGGUGUUCCAGAUGUUUUACGAAUUUAUUUACAAGAUAAUCCAGUUUUGUGUGAUGCUGGAUUGGCUGAUUUAACAGUUGCAUUGGAAGUAAAUCAUGCAAAGGUUUACGGGGUUGCAAAUAAUUGUCCAACAACAAUUAAACCACCGACUGAAAUAACAUCAGCUCUGCCUCCAUUGCCACCAACAUUUUUCAUUGCAACAGCAGCUGCAGCAUCUGGUGGUAAUGUAUCAUUUGCUGCAACUCUUGAAUAAUAUUUACAAAAUAAAAUAAAAUUAAUAAAAAAAAUACAAAAAAUAAAACUGUUACAUAAUCGUAAUUAUUAAUAAUUAAUAAAUAUAUUUAAGAUAAAUAAAAGAAUGAGCAAAGAAAAAAAUUAUAAACUGCAGAUCAAGCUGCAAUGGACAAUAGGUACCAAUGAAAAAAAAUAAAUGAAUAAUAUAUUUGCUUGACGUAUUAUACAAAUUGCAUUGAUAUCUGAGCUAAGAAAUUUAAUAGUUAAUAUUAUUAUUGUUAUUAUUAUUAAUUAUUAAUUAUUAUUGACACCAAAAUCAUUAUUAAUAUUGUUAUCAUCAUCAUCAUUAUUUUUUUAAAAUCAUGUAGGCAUGAUUGUUUCUAUUGUAAAUAGUUUUCAUUUAUUUUCUUUUUUUUUAUAUAUUUUUGAACUUAAACUGCGAUAUAUACCAAACGUUUAAACAAUUAUUUAAAUCUUUAAUAAAAUCAUCUAUCUAACAGCAUUUAAAAACGUUAAUAAUAAUUUGUCCAAUAAAUAAUAUCAAUUAGAUAUAAAUAUAUAUAUUUUUUUGUUUUUCAAAAAGAAAAAGUAAAAAAAAAAAAAAAGUAAAUUUUAUCAUUUAAAAAUAAUAAUAAUUAUCAAUAAUUAAAAUUAAUAAUUAAAAUAUUUUUUGUUCAAUAAAAAAAACAAAGUGUUUUUAAUAAAAAUUGUAAAAUAAAAACAAUAAAAUAAAUCUUAUUUUUUAUAGAUGUAAUAAAAUUGUAUUUGAGAUUUAUUUAAAAAAAAAAAAUUAAUUAAAUACAACGAAUAUAGAUUAUUCGUAAAUAAUUAAUAAAAAAUAAAAAAAUAAUUGAUUUUUUAAAAUAAUAAAUAACUUGUGUAAUAAAAAAUAUUAUACUGUUGAUUCAGUUUUUAAAUUCUUCGACUGAAUGGAAUAUUAAAAGGUCAAAAAAGUAAAUAAAAAAAAAAUCAGUUAAAUCAAAACUGAUUAAUUGAUAGUGGGCGAUUGGUUGAUCUUUCAUUGACACUUGUCAAUGAUGAAAAAGAAAAAACAUAUAUUAAUAUUAUCAUCAAGGAAUGCAUACGUAAUUUUAUAUUAAAUUUUUAUUAUUUUAUUGAAAAUUAAAUUGACCACAAAAUAACUUUGUAAAUUGAUCAAUGAUAAAUCAAUGUAGUCAUUCAUUAAAUUUAUUAGAAAUAAUAUAACUUGAUCUACAGUCCAAGUUCACUUGGACAUCAACUGAUCAAUGAUUAAAUAAAUAAGUUAAUAUUAAAAAAUAAAAUUAAACUAUUAAAAUGAUCAAAUUAUCAUAUUUAAAAAUCACAAUUAAUAUUGAAUCAACUUCAUAUGUGCAUAAAUUAAUAUCAAAUUCAUUUGAUGAAAAUAAUAUAAUUUAAAAUUAAAAUAAUAAUAUUCAUGUAUGAAUUAAAUUUGUCCUGUUAUUUCUAGCUGUUAAGUAAUUUAUCAAUGCUGUGAUUUGCAGUUUUUAAUUUUUAAUUCAGUCAUGGAUAAUAUAUAUAUUUAUAGUUAAAUUAUAUUAAAUAUUAUAAGCAAAAUAGACGUUUCCUGACUAUGAAAAAAGGUAAGGAAAAUAUACAAUGAGGACAAAAAUUAUUGCAACAAAUGACAAUGUUAUAUUUUAAUAAGAAUUUCAUAGUUAAUUUAAUCAUAAUUCUAAAUAAUAAAAAUUAAUCCAAAAUGUGUCUAAAAUGAAAAAAAAAAAAAUGAAUUAUAACAAAAUAUAAUAUUAAAUAUUUUAAUUUUUAUUAUUAAUAAAGGCUUUACUCUUCUAA